AUGGCUCAACAGCAACCCAUAACCACCAUCCCCCCCUUCAACGACGGGAGCAAGCUACCCGACUGUGCCAAAGCCUGCGGACCUCUCUACGACGCCAACGGUGCUUGUGUGCCCCCGGCCAUUAAGACCGCUGACAGCGCUGUCUACACAUCCUGCUUUUGUGCCCAACCCAAGGUAGCACCUUUCUCCAAGGGAACCUCUGGCGUCUGUGACAAUGCUUGCGAUGGCGUCAACGGUGGCCUGCAGUCAAUUGCUGGCUGGUUCCAAGGCAUUUGCAACGUGAAGAAUGCCGGAGGCAACGGUGCCAAGACUACCACGGGCGCCACCACGACGACUUCCGGCCAAUCUGCCAGCACGGGCAGCUCCUCCAAGAACAGCGGCGGCGGCGGCGGCGGCGACUGGCUCUCCAACCACUGGCAGUGGGUUAUCAUGCUCGUCGUUCUUGUUGUUGGCAUUGCCGGCAUCUGGAUCGGCGCCUGCAUCUGGCGCCGCCGUUACCUGCGAAAGAAGGACCGACAGACGUCGCUCGGCCAGAAGCACUCUGGCUCUGCCUCGCGCCCCUCGUGGGGUCCGGCCGUCACUGGAUCCGACGCUGCGACGCCCAUGAACUUCGCCCCCGACACCGAGAGGGCUGCCUAUGCCGCCGAGAAGCCGCGCAAGACCAAGGAGAAGAAGAAGUGGACUGUCUCCCAGCGGACCUGA